AUGACAAAAUAUAAAGUAAACGACCACGUGAAAUAUUAUCCGAAAGAAAAUAACACUAAUGAGACUGCGACCGGUGUUAUUAAGAAAACUUUAGAUGACGGAACUUACCGAAUCAAACCCGAUGACGGCGGCAGCGAAG